AUGGUGGACGCACUUGAAUUUGGCGAUGUCUUCACAGAAGAUAUGGGCGUACUGAAUCAAGGCCGUGUGAAACUUGCCGAGUCGAUGAUUCAGUUUAAAAACGAGAAGACUGGAAAGUUGAACUCUGUCAAUGCCUCUGAUCUGGUUGGUCUUAAUUGGCAGCGUCUCGGAAAUCGACCAGGCAUUAAGCUCCGUUUCAAAGAUGGAAAGAAGAUCCGUUUUGGAGGGUUUAAAGAUUCUGAUUUUGAGAAAAUAAAGCAAUUUGCUCAAAAGAAUUGGCAUAAGGAAGUAGAAGAGAACGAUCUGGUGCUGAAAGGGUGGAACUAUGGCAAUUGUCAGGUGGAAGGCACGUUUCAUUUUAAUAGCAAGCCAGUGUUUGAGGUCCCUCUCUCGAAUGUCGCCAACUGCGUGGGAAAUAAGAGUGAAGCAACACUUGAAUUCCAUCAGAACGAUGACUGUCCGACUUCUCUUAUUGAAAUGCGCUUUCACAUGCCAGCGGACGUGGACGACGAAGAGUCCGAUCCAGUGGAGGAGUUUCGUAAAGCGGUCAUGGCGUUUGCUGGAAUUGAAACGGAAACUGGACAGCCUGUGGCAUCGCUACAGCAGAUUCUUUGUACUACUCCACGUGGGCGUUACGACAUAAAAGUAUUUCCAAAUCAUCUUUCGCUUCAUGGAAAAACGUAUGACUAUAAAAUUCCGAUAAAAACCAUAAUGCGUCUUUUCCUCGUUCCACACAAAGAUGGCAGACACGUAUAUUUUGUGAGUGAGUAUCAUCCUUUCUUUUUCGGAGAUUUCAGCAGAUUACAGUAUGGUGGAAAACUGGAAAAAGAACUCUCAGGUCCUCUCUACGAGGUCGUUUCGAAGAUAUUUCGAGUUCUCAUUAAUAUGAAAAUCACGGUCCCAGGAAAUUUUAUCGGUCAUUCUGGGACUCCAGCUGUGAUGUGCGCUCACAAGCAAGCUUCUGGAUUCCUUUAUCCUUUAGAAAAAGGUUUUCUCUACAUUCAUAAGCCACCAAUGUAUGUACGAUUUGAGGAGGUUUCAUCAGUCCACUUUGCACGAUCCGAUGUCUCUACACGCUCAUUCGAUUUCGAAAUCGAAUUGAAAUCUGGUCAAGUUCUUGUAUUCAACAGUGUUGAGAAAGAGGAAUACAACAAGCUCUAUGAUUAUGUUCAAAACAAGCACCUCCGCAUUCGCAACGCUAAAAAAAUGGAGAAGAAUUAUGCAGAAGAUCGUUUCGCAGGAUCAGAUGAUGAGAUCGAUCCGUAUAAGGAGACGGUGAAGGCCGAGGGGAAAGAACGUACUGGUGCCGACAGUGAUGACGAUUCAGAUUCCGAGGAUGAUGAUUAUGAUCUCGAUGAGGAUAUCAAGAAACGCAAAGAGGAGCGCGAAUCAAGCGAAGGAAGUGGUUCAGAGCCGGACGAGGAAUUCGACUCUGAUGCAGGCAGCAGUGAUGGAAGUGGCUCCGACGAGUCGGACGAUGAAGAAGCACCCAAAAAGAAAGCGAAGAAGGAGAUUAAAGAACACAAAGAGAAGAAGGAACGUAAAGAGAAGCAAAGGAGUGAGGGAAGAAAGGGAAAACGGGAGAAGAAAGACCCUAAUGCACCCAAGAGGGCACAAUCUGCAUACUUCCAUUGGUUAAACGAGAACAGAGCCAAAAUAAAGAAGGAAGGAGACUCAGUGGCAGAUGUUGCAAAAAGGGCAGGAGAAAUGUGGAAAGCAAUGGAUGCUGAAGCAAAACUGGUAAGUUAUAUGUAG